AUGUCAAGUACACAUUCACCUUCAAAUGAUUUAGAAGAUAAAGCUGGUAUACAAACAAAUAUCAUUUCUAAAGAAGAAGUUCAAGAAAAAGGUUAUAAAAUUGUUAGAUCUAAAGAUGCAGAUGCUACUUUAAAAUUUCAAGAACAAUAUGAUUCCACUGUACCAGAAAUAACACCUGAACAAGAAGCUAAAUUAUCUAGAAAAGUUACAUGGAUAAUCAUGUCAUUGGUUUGUUUAGCAAAUUUAUUAUUAUAUAUGGACAAAGCUACCCUUUCAUAUGCUUCAAUUUUUGAAUUUUGGGAUGAUACUGGAUUAGAUCAAGAUAAAUAUAACAAUGUUAAUACAAUUUUUUAUGUUGGUUAUAUUGCAGGUCAAUUACCAGGGAAUUAUUUAUUAGCAAAAUUACCAGUUGGUAGAUUUUUAUUCAUUUUAACUUCUUUGUGGACAAUUAUUAUCUUCUUACAUUGUGCUGCUUUUAAUUAUGCUGGUGUUAUUGUAUUAAGAUUCUUCUUGGGAUUUGUUGAAAGUGUUGUUUUAACUUUAUUAAACAUUACAAUGGGUCAAUUUUUAACUGCAAAGGAAAAAGCUGCUACUGCACCAAUUUUUUAUUCAACUUGUCUUGGUGUUACAAUUCCAACUGGGUUUAUUGCUUAUGGUGUUCUUUUUGCAAAAUCUUCAAUUCAUGCAUGGAGAAUUUUUAUGAUUAUCAUUGGUGGAUUAACAUUCUUAUUAACAGUUUUAGUUUUCUUAAUUUAUCCAAAUAAUCCAUCAACUGCAAAAUUUUUAUCAAUUGAAGAAAGAAUUUGGGUUAUUAGAAGAGUUCAAUCCACCACAGGUGCAUCAAUUGAACAAAAAACUUUUAAAAAAUAUCAAUUCAUUGAAGCUUUAAAAGAUCCAAUCACUUGGUUAUUUGCAAGUUUUAUCUUUUUACAACAAUUGGCAAAUAAUUUACCAUAUCAACAAAAUUUAUUAUUUAAAGGUAUGGGUGGUAUUUCAAAUUUAAAUUCAACAUUGGUUAGUGUUGCAUCAGGUGGGUUUGCAGUUAUCUGUUGUUUAAUUGCAAGUUUUUUCCUAUAUCGUUUUGCUAAUAUAACUGCAUAUUCAGUUGUAUUUUGGUCAUUACCUUCAUUUGUUGGUAGUAUAGUUGCAGCUGCUUUACCAUGGUCUAAUAAAGUUGGUUUAUUAGCUGCAUUAUCAUUAGCUUCCCCAGUUUUUGGUAUCCCAUGGAUUUGUAUGUUUUCAUGGAAUAGUACAUCAUGUUCAGGUCAUACUAAAAAAAUCACAAGAAAUGCAGUUAUAAUGUUUUGGUAUUGUAUUGCAAAUAUUAUUUCUCCACAAUUAUGGACUGAAUCAUCAGGACCAAGAUAUUAUCCAGCUUGGGCUGUUCAGAUUGUUCUAUCAUUCUUCACAGCACCUUUAUUAGCAUUGGUUAUUCGUUUUAUCUUGAAUAAACGUAAUCAAGAAAGAUUAAGUAAUUUAAGUGAAAACCAAAAAGUUGGUGUUGUUGAAGAUAGUGAUGUUGAAUUUGUUGUUAAUGUUGCGUCUUUGGAUUUGACAGAUUUGGAAAACAAGGCAUUUAUCUAUCCUUUAUGA